AUGACAGUCUCAAACAUUCCAACAUUCACAUUCCCAGCCACAGGAGCCAAAGUACCAGCACUAGGAUUCGGUUCUGGGACUGCUUGGAAACUACGUAAACGUUCAAGACCAGAAGAUCAAAAACAUGAACCAAUUGAAGAAUUGAUUGAAGGUACAAAAGAUGCUAUCCUUGCUGGCUUUAGACACAUCGAUACAGCAGAAGCUUAUUCCACCCAUUAUGAAGUUGGUCAAGGGAUUAAAAGAUCCGGUGUCCCAAGAUCUCAAUUGUUUAUUACUGAUAAGUAUAGUCCUGGAUCUCCAGGGGUCUUGAAAAGUUCUGGUCCGUAUGAAGCAUUACAAAAUGGGUUGAAAACUUUAGAGUUGGAGUAUGUGGAUCUUUAUCUCUUGCAUACACCUAGGAUCUCGCCAGAGACUGUUGGGAUCACGUUAGAGGAGGCUUGGUUACAAGUUGAGAGAUUGUACAAAGAUGGAUUGGCUAAAAAUGUUGGUGUUUCCAAUUUCUCAGUUGAGCAUUUAGAAAGAAUUAAUAAAGUUGCUACUGUGAUCAAACCACAAGUUAACCAGAUUGAGUUCCAUGCUUAUCUACAAGGUCAAUCCCCAAAGAUCUUGGAAUUUGCAAAAGAGCAUGAUAUCUUGAUUGAAGCUUAUUCUCCAUUAGCUCCAUUGUUUAGAGCUCGUCCAGGUCCAUUGGAUGAUAUUUUACCUGAGUUAGAGAAGAAAUAUAACAAGAGUGAGUCACAAAUCUUGCUAAGAUGGGUUUAUCAACAAGGGAUCUUACCUUUGACAACUUCAUCUAAAGUUGAAAGAUUGGUUGAUGCAUUGAAUAUUUUUACAUUUGAGUUGGAGCAAGAUGAUUUUGAAAAGAUCACUAAUAUUGGAAAAGAAAAGAUUGCUCGUCAUUUUGCUGCUGAUUUAUAUGGGAAGUAUGAUCAAUGA